AUGGAAUCAACAGAAUCAAAGUAUCAAAGGUUACUUAAAUUAUUAAGUGAGAUUAAGACAAAUUCAAAAAAGUUAGACAGUGAUAUUUGUUUUCUAGAAGUUAUCAAUGAUAGACUGGAAUGCUUGUUGAAAUCUUUUGAUGCUUAUGGGAUGCACAAUGUAACUACAACAGAAGAAUCAAUUGAGACUAAUGAAAUUGAAAAUGAAGAUAAUAGAAAAAGAAUCAAAAUGAAGAAAGAAUAUACAGAUGAAAUGAUGAGUCAAUUAUGUAAGGAUGCACACCUUGAAAUGCAUUAUUCAACCACUCUUAAAAUAGUAAAACUUUUUAGUAAAUCACACCCCCUUACAGCAAAAGAAAUUGAAAGUGAAACUAACGAGUCAAUGUUUGACAUUUUAACAGUGUUGAAUAUGCUAACUAGAGCAGGUGUUCUACAUAAGAAAGACUUAGAAUAUUGGUUGAUUGAAUAA